CCUAGGGGCCACGGGCUUCCUCUUUUUCAGUACCACCUGUUUCUAUGCCUUAUGUCGACCCAUCGUUUGGGCAGACCGCUGGCACGACUCCGCUAGCCACGCAACAGGACCCUCUAGACACACGGGUCGAUUAUCAGGGGAAUACCGAGGAGUUCAUUCGGCGGUAUACCGGGUAUACGCAGCACCACGGCAGCACAUCUUCGCAGCCCCAGCGCCCACCGACUUCCUCUUUUUCAUUGCCGCCUUCUUCUGUGCCUUAUGUUGACCCAUGGUUUGGGGAGACCGCUUACAUUACUCCGCUGGCCACGCCGGACCCUCUGGCCACACCGGUCGAUUAUCAGGGGAAUACCGAGGACUUCAUUCGGCGGUAUACUGGGUAUACACAGCACUAUGGAAGCACCUCUUCACAGCCCGAGGCGCCACCAUCUUCGUCUUAUUCAGUACCGCAGGACUUCUCCACUUACCGUGGUUCCGCUUUUACCCCCUUUCAGCCACCACCCCCGACACAGACACCUCCAGCCCAGCAGUACGGAGGACUAUUUGAAGAGAACUUGUCCUAUCCUCAAACGCCUGCAGUAGGUAGUUUUAGCCAGCUUCUUCAGGGGUACAUUCCACAGCCGCCUUCCUCCUCUCCCCGCCCAACUCAGAGCCCAUCGCAAAUGCAUUUUUCUCUAACUGAUGAGUGAGUGAGCAAUUUGCAGGCUCCCACACCUCCACUUGGUGAUGUUGCUAACAUGACGCCUCCUUCAUUUUCCCUGGGGUUAGGGAACCCCUCCUCACAGGCUCCUGAUGACGAGGAUGACGAUGUGGUCAGUCCAAGUGGUAGCGACAACAGCUCCGGCCCAGAUCUCAGACCUUAUCGGCCAUUGACUCAUACCCAGAUGAGUCGGCGUCAGAACAGGGGUCGAAACUUGAGGACACUCUUACGGACCCCAGAUAGAACAAACAUGUAGUUGUAUUUUAUAGCUUUUUUUAUUGUUGUACACAUAUUUUUGAUUAUUUGACUUAUUUUAAUUUCUUUGUAUGGCUUUUUUAUAA